UGCUCAUCUACAAAGUGAAGACAGAAACCUGCAACCAACAUGAACUUCUCGUGGCUCACCAUCUUCGUCUUGGCCCUCAUCGCCAUGACCGUUUCGGCCAAGAACUGCCCCGCCCCAUUCAAGAAGGAGGGUAACGAUUGUGCCGUAAAGCGUACCAUCCAUGGAGAGUGCCCACCAAAAUCGCAAUACCAGCCAAGCGUCAAUCUGUGUGUCUACAAAAACUAAAUAAAUAAAAAACGUUAUCAGGAAAAGUGAUCGAAUGCAUUUAAAA